AUGCCGAACUUGUCUUCAUCUGGAAAGCUGGCAUCUCAUUUCGUGCAAUACUGGGUAGAGCAGUUCCCUCGUGAUGAGGCCAUCCUCCAGGAUGCCUCCCCGUUCCAACAGAUCGCCCCCAACCGAUCCAUCCCAGGUUCCCCGGUACAGAAAAGCGCCAUCAACAGGAGUAGCAACCAGCAAUUCCUGGAUGGGCUGCAGCACCAAGCAAGCAGCAGCCAGCAAUAG